AUGGCCCCGCUUGGUACUGACAUUCUACUACUUGGCAGAUACCUCGCAUCUAGUAGUAGAUCUGGACAUCGAGGGCGCGAGUCUCGUUACAGCACGUACUCAUACCCUGAUGAAGACCAGUAUUCUACAUACUGCCCCCGGCCUUCCGCCUGCAGAGUGCGCAAUGGCGCGAGGACACAUCAUGAGCCAAGGCGGCGCAAGCAUAGGAGAACGAGACCCGUAACGAGUCCCCCCUUCGCUACCCGUGACAAUUAUCAGGAGCAGCAAUACAGGGAGUCAGCUGAACCCAGAUCGCCACGACCAGCCAAACCGCAUUCUCAGUAUGCGCACGAUGAUUCCUAUGCAAGUGGAAGGGUCUCGCCGGCUUCAUCACAUGAAGAUUUCGAGGGCGAGGAGACUCAUCAGUACGAAGACCAUUUUCUUUGCUUACUGUGCAGAAACAAUGGCAAGGCCCUCUACCGCAUAAAGGAUCGACGGAACACAACCGAGACCCGAGGCCUACCGUACUUCGUCUUCUAUGAUCCCCAGACACAUCGAAUCCUGCCCCCUGACACCGAUCGAGGCCCGUCUGAAGAGAGAGCAACUGACGGUCAUGCUUGCGACGAUCACUUUGACGUGUUGUCUAGAGCAGCUUUGCAACACGGCUGGAAUGAAGAAGCUCCGACACCUCGGAAGAUGGAUUACUCGACUAUGUUUCAGUGCCUUGUAUACAUGGACAUGUUGAUUGAUCCCUUCGGAUCGGGCGAAAGUAUCGACUUGAAGUAUGGUAGGACAUGUAUUCUUACCGCUCCCGGCGUGAUGUUCCGCUAUAUUGAAUUUUCCCGUUGGCGUAGCCGCAUCUACCGUUGCACAGCUCAAAAAUCGCGUUACAAGCCAAGACGAUGUCCAGUUCCAGUGGGCUCACAGGCGGGUCUCGUAGCGCCGUCCAAGAACGUUGCCGAGCGAACCUUUCGAGCUGUUUAA